UAUCUUCAGUACCGUUCACGUUUUUCGGCUGCCAUAGUGCUGCAGCGUUGGUGGCGUCGUUGUCUACGACGCUUAUCCUCAACAAAUAUUAAUAUUGCCUUCUCUACCAGCCAUAUUAGACCAUCUUCCGACGAUCCUUUCGAGAUGUGUACACCUGUGGCCAUCAGUCCAAAAUCUUUGCAAGCGCUUCCCGCUAACAAUUCAAUCACUCCUUUGACUCGCUUUUUUGGUGCAAAAUUUGAGAAAUCAAAUAUUGACUUGCAAUUCGCUACGUCGGAGCUAACCACCUCCAAACAGGACAAGCUUAAUGCUUUUUCAAACAUUGAUGGCCAGAAAAUGAGGUUAUCCUCCAAGGAAAAUUUGCCUACCUUUGGGGUAGGCAGAAUCAAAGACAAUGAAAGAGUAAGCUCUUCAGGAUUUUCUCAGAAUCAGUAUCCAUACCAGUAUCAUCCUGAACAAAGCACUCGAUUAUUUCAAGAGGACUUCGAUAAAAAAUGUUUCGAUCACCACACACACACACAGCUUCUUGUCACAGCAGUAUCACCAUUAGCAAGUAUAGAUUUUCUCCCUGCUGACGAACAUGAGAAUAAGACACCUAUCGUUGCCACCGUCAGUCAGGAAAUAGCGCCUGUUCAUCUGGCUCUGCGCCGCUCACAUUUUGUGUCUCGGCGCUGGAUCCCUAAUUUGGGCCAGCAUAAAAGCAUUCCUAUUCAGCACUCAUCUGAAAAUCGUCUGGACGCAAAAAAAUCUUCUUCAGUCAACCUUCUCUUCCCCUAUCUUCGUCGACCCGCAGGCGAGAUUAUCGCGUUGCCUUUGAGAGGACUUAACGACUCCGGUCAUCUUAUAUAA